GACGUCCCGGCUGACGUGGUAGUUUUACAAUCGGUAGGGGGCGCUACAAACUGUGCGAGGGUCCGUCUGCACGGAGAUGCCGACUUCCUACCCUCCCUCGUGACGAUCUACAACACGACGACCUGGGAAUUCACCAGAACAGACCACACCAGUAGCGGCAGACCUAUCUACGUUAGUGACAAAGACAGUCGAUUCUCUCUCGACUUCAACGAAUACGAGCUAAUGUGGUUGGUAAGUCGCACGACCGGGUUAAGCAGAGGCUCCGCUUUUGUCCGGAACUGCGCCAUGACACCUGACCAGAUCAGGUCACCGUGGGAACUGUGGGACGGAAGCCAGUUGCAUGUCGUCUGGUCAGUUACUGCCAGCUGUGUUGCCUGUCCAGAGCUACCGUUCCAACCAACGGCAACAGGACAGAAGGCCAACUCCACGGAGACACAGUCACCUUUUCCUGUAAUGAAGGCUACGAACUGAUCGGUCCUGAAAAACAGAACUUGCCAGACCAACCAGAGCUGGUCCGGUGAACAGCCAAAGUGCUCUGGAAAACUCUGCCAACAACUGAUGGCACCUUCUAACGGCAACAUCAGCGGCGGCAGUUCUUAUGGGGACGUCGUUACGUAUUACUGUGACGCUGGAUACGAGAUCAGCGGCGAUGAAGAACGAACUUGCCAGUCAGACCAGACUUGGAGCGGCACGCAGCCUUCAUGUGUCCGAAAACUCUGCCAACAACUGAUGGCACCUUCUAACGGCAACAUCAGCGGCGGUAUUUCUUAUGGGGACGUCGUUACGUAUCACUGUGACGCUGGAUACGAGAUCAGCGGCGAUGAAGAACGAACUUGCCAGUCAGACCAGACCUGGAGCGGCACGCAGCCUUCAUGCGUCCCAUUUCCAGAAGCUGAAACAGUGGGACUGUCCACCUUGCACGCGGUGAUGAUUGGUGUUGUGCCAUCUGUGGUACUACUUGUACUGGGAGUAGUAGCAGGAAUUCUGGGAUACCGGCGAGGCAGAAAGAGACAAAGCGACGACCUUGAAUUAGAAGAGUUUGACUUUCAUCCCGAUAUUCUAGAUUUGCACGGACCAUCACCCCCACCUGCCCCGCCUGUGCCGGCUCGACCACAGUUCCGGGAGUACGAGGUAAACCCGACUGACCUGCGACUGAAUGAAGAAAUCGGCAGAGGUGCCUUCGGUAUCGUCUUCCUUGCAACUUUAAAGAGAGCUGUUGAUGGCCUUCUCACGGAACAAACAGUGGUGGCCAAAACUGUCCGUGAGAACGCGGGAGAAGAGGAGAUACAAAAUUUUAUACAAGAGGUCGACACCACCAUCACCCUGAGGCAGCACAUCAACCUGCUCGGUCUGGUGGGCUGCUGUACGCUGUCUCACCCUCCCUACCUGGUGACGGAGUACAUGCCGUAUGGGGACCUCAAGAACUUCCUACUCAAGUGCAGGAAGUUGGGUGAGAGGCUCCAAGACAGCAUGUAUGACUUCGACGAGAUGAAGAUCUACCAGGUAGCACGGCAGAUAGCAAAUGGAAUGACGUACAUUUCCCAGGCUGGUUACGUGCACGGCGACCUGGCUGCCCGGAACGUGCUCGUAGGAGAGAACCUGGUGGUGAAGAUCGCAGACUUCGGCCUGACAACAGACAUCUACGAGCGAGGCUACCAGCGGCAGGACGCGGAGCAGAAGAUCCCCCUGAGGUGGAUGGCACCGGAAAGGCUGAUGCGAGAGGGCCGGUACACCAGCAAGAGUGACGUUUGGUCCUUCGGUGUGGUGCUGUACGAGAUCGCUACGCUAGGGAACGUGCCCUAUCCGGUUCUGGAACGCACGCUCCUGGAGGAACUCCGCACAGGGUACCGCGAACCAAGCCCGCCUGGCCUCAAACAAGAGCUGUACGACAUGAUGCUGCGGUGCUGGCAAUGGGAGGAAGACGAUCGCCCGGAGUUUGAGGAGCUUUACGAGGAGCUGGACGCUGUGGUAGAAACCAUGGCCGAGGGUUAUAUAAAACCCGGUUCCGGCUCCCCAGUGGGGGGUCCGAAUGAGGCAGCAGAAGCUCUUGAAACCGCGUACGACGUCCCAAAGUCGGGCCGGAUGGGUACGCAACUCCACGUCACUGCAGACGUCUACAUCAGCGAAGAUCGUGUUGAAGUCGACUCACUCGCGUCCUCAAAUGCAGAAUCCAGUUCCGUACUAAUAGAGAAGGAUGUGGACUCUGAUAAUGAUGUCCAAGUUAACAACUGCAAGGCCACGCAGCAAGACACCCUCUUGGAAAGUGAAGAUCACGACCAUUUACAAGUGGAAUCCUCCCAACCCACCGGGUGCAGUAAUUAUGGAUACCAAUUUGACAGUUCCACCGACUCCGAGCUGCCAGUGACAACGAAUGCACAGAAAAAUGAAACCCCGGCUAUAAUUGAGGACAACUCCAGUGAUGCUGAAGAAGAAAAGUUGAAGCCUCCAACAACAGAAGAAAUUGUGCAUUAUGUCUAAUGGCUUACUUUUACAGAAGUCUGUUCUGUAU